CUUGUAGCGAAAACACCGCACGUUUAGAGAACAUCAUAAAUGAAAAUAAAAUUUAACUCGACUGAUGAAUACAGUAUAGUGGAUAUAAAUAGAAUUCUGUUGCCAAAUUUGUAGCGUACUUUACUGAUCACUCGAGAAAAAAAUGUUUUGUAGUCAAUCUUCAUUUUUGUCUCGUUCAUCGAAUUCUCAAAACAAUGAAAAUAUAAUCAGACCAUUAUUGAGUGUUCACAAAACGAUGUCAUGUCUAAAGGUGAAAUCGUCCAUUAAAAAGAAAUAUAAGAAAACUUUUAAGUCAAAAUGUGUUCUCAAGAAUUUCGACGAACCACAUGUUGGCCAUAUAACCAAAAUAAUGUCUUCUGAACACAUGCAACAUUUUGUAUCGCGACUCAAGUCUAAAAAUUUUGAAAUCCGUAAACGUGCUGCUCGAGACCUGAAUCUCUAUGUUAAAACUGAACUUCGUGAAGUAUCAGCAGAUGAACGAACAAUUUUUAAUGAUGAUUUUAACCAACAUAUAUUUGAAAUGGUAUCAAGUUCUGACAGCAAUGAAAAAAUUGGUGGCAUACUUGCUAUAUUGUGUUUAAUUGGUGCUGAUGUUGGCAAUAAAAAUAAUCGGAUUAGUAGAUUUGCUAACUAUCUACGUAAUUUAUUGCCUUCUGCGGAUUCGGCAGUAAUGGAACUAGCUGCCAAAACAGUUGGUAAAUUAGCCUUAGACUCUGGUACCUAUGCAGAUCAGUAUGUUGAAUUUGAAGUGAAGAGAGCAUUUGAGUGGUUAGGUGGUGUACGAAAUGAGUCUAAGAGAUAUGCAGCAGUACUUAUACUUAGAGAAAUUGCUACUAUGGUUCCCACUCUUUUUUUUCAACAUGCUGCUCAAUUUUUUGACUUAGUGCUAAAUGUUACACGUGACCCGAAACCUAAUAUUCGUGAAGGAGCUGUAGAAGCAUUAAGAGCUGCACUUGUUGUAACUGCUCAAAGAGAAACAUCAAAACAAACAUUAAAAUCACAAUGGUAUAAACAGUGUUAUGAAGAAGUUAUGAAUGGUAUAGAUGAGGCAUUGAAUAAAGAAAAAAGCACUGCUCGUGAAGAUAGAAUACAUGGUGCAUUAUUAGUAUUGAAUGAAUUGCUAAGAGUUAGUAACAUUAAUUGGGAAAGACAAAAUGACUCGUUAAUGCAAAGAUUGCAAUGGGAUCAAAAUCAGACUAGUGCGGAAAUAUUGAGUUUACUACCUCGAACCAAAUCUGCUUUAAAAGGACUAGUAGGCGGUUCUGGACGUACAGAUGAUGAUUCUGUAAGAAUUGCAUCAUCAGGUAUUCGAUUCGAAAGCAGUGCCUGCAAGAAUCUCCUCCAAGAACACUUUCAUCGAGUGUGUUUAUCAGCAAUAAAUCACAGAACAUCUAAAAGUGUUUUAGUUACUUCAGCACUAAUAAAAUUACUCCCUAGACUAGCUGCCUUCAAUAAAUCAAUUUUUGUUCAAAAUCAUUUAAGUACUUCAAUGUUAUUUCUUCUUUCAACCAUCCGUAUACGUGAUCGUGAUCAACGAACUACUGCUUUUGUUGCUAUUGGUUUAGUGGCAAUAGCUAUUGAAGAUCAUACUAAACCGUAUUUGACCAGAAUUUUAGAUGCAAUACGAAGUUAUUUACCAUCUAAAGAUGGUUCAAAAAAAAAACCUGCCUGUGCUGAACCAGCUGUAUAUGUUUGUAUAACAUUACUUGGUAUUGCAGCGAAAAAUAAUAUUAAGGCUGAUCUUAAAGAACUUCUUGAACCCAUGUUGGCAAUGGGAUUAAGUCCUACACUUACCAUAGCUUUAAAAGAAUUGGCAGUAGCUGUACCUGCAUUAAAAAAAGACAUAUCAGAAGGAUUAUUGAGAAUGCUUUCCCAAGUACUUAACAAUCGUAGUGGUUCAAUAGCGACACCAUUAUCUCUCACAAGUUCUGCUCUUAGUAUAUCAUUGUUGCCUUCAUCUCUUGAACCACAAAAUGUUUCAAAUGUUGUUUUGGCUCUUAGAACACUUGGAAGCUUCAAUUUUGAAGGUCAUUCUUUAUUGCAAUUUUUGCGUCGUUGUGCUGAACAUUAUUUAAGCAGUGAACAACAAGAAGUUCGAAUUGAGUCUGUUAGAACUUGUAGUCGUUUAUUGCGUUUGGCAAUUGAGUCACCACAAAGUAAAACAUCACAUACAGUAAGAUAUACUAUUUCUACAGUCAUUAAGCAAAUACUUGUUGUUGGUGUUUCUGAUACAGAUCCGGAUGUACGUUUUGUGGUGUUUGAAAACCUCGAUCGCAGUUUUGACUUCUAUUUAGCUCAAGUACACAAUCUCACUGCAUUAUUCAUGGCUAUGAAUGAUGUAAAUUUUGAAAUACGAGAAAUGGCUCUCUGUACUAUAGGGCGAUUAAGUUUGGUAAAUCCAGCUUAUGUUAUGCCACCUCUGCGCAAAACAUUGAUGCAGUGUUUAACCGAACUUGAACACAGCGGAAUGGGUCGUAAUAAAGAACAAAGUGCUAGAAUGAUUGACCACAUGGCUGUUCAUGCUCCACGUCUUGUAUCUCCAUAUGUGCAACCGGUUUUAAAAAUAUUAGUACCUAAACUUAACGAACCAGAUUUAAACCCAAGUAUUUUAAUAAGUAUACUAGCAUGUAUUGGAGAUUUAGCUCAAGUCAAUGGGGAAGAAAUGUGUUGUUGGACUGAUCAACUGUUACCCAUUUUAUUAGACAUGCUGGGUGAUGGCGGAUCGCAAGAAAAACGAGGAGUUGCUCUCUGGGUUCUUGGAAAAUUAGUUGAAGGACUUGGCUAUGUUAUUCAACCAUAUGAAAAACACCCAACAUUGUUAGAUACAUUACUUGGGUUUUUAAAAACUGAACAGCAACCACUAGUCAGGAGAGAAACAAUAAGAGUGCUGGGGCUUCUUGGAGCCUUAGAUCCUUAUAAACAUAAAAUGAACUUAGGACAAAUUGAUUCUCAAAUUGAGUCUACUGCAUUGCUUUCAAUGACUGAUUCUCGUCCUAUAUCUGAAACUGAAUGGACCACGAGUGAAAUGUUAGUAAAUAUGAGCACAGCUACAUUAGAGGAAUAUUAUCCAGCAGUAGCUAUUGCAACAUUGAUACGUAUAAUUCGUGAUCCAAAUUUAUUCCAACAUCACACUAUGGUUGUACAGGCAAUCACUUUUAUCUUUCAAUCUUUGGGUAUAAAAUGUGUACCAUACAUACCACAAGUAAUGCCUAGUUUUUUAAACGUAAUUCGUACCGCAGAUGCAAACUUCAGAGAAUAUCUAUUUCAACAAUUAGGCGUACUUAUUAAUAUUGUUGGUCAACAUGUCCGAAACUAUUUAGAUGAUAUAUUUUUGUUGAUUAAAGAAUUAUGGACUCCAAACAGUCCACUUCAAUGUACAUUAAUCCAGCUUGUGGAGUAUAUAGUUGUGGCUCUUGGAGCACAAUUUAAAACUUACUUAUCUCAAUUGAUGCCUAAUAUACUCAGAAUACUUUAUCAUGAUUCUAGUAAAAACCGCAAUGUUACAAAGAGGAUGGUAGUAGCUUUAUGUAAAUUUGGUAUUAAUUUGGAUGAAUAUUUACAUAUGAUUAUGCCACCACUUGUAAAUUUAUUUGAUGCAACCGUUCACCCUACUCAAGUGAGUCAGGUUGCUAUGGAAACAGUUGCUCAAUUAGCCUAUACAUUGGAUUUCACAGACUAUGCUUCACGCAUAAUACAUGGAGUUGUGAAUUCAAUCGAAAAUACUUCAGAACUUAGGAAAACUGCUAUGGAAACUUUAUGUGCAUUAAUAUGCCAACUGGGUCGCAAAUAUAUGAUUUUCAUGCCACUUGUUACACGUACAUUAACUAAAUGCCAAUUUAGUUAUCCCUCUUAUGACACACUUAUCACUUAUAUAUCAUCGAACAAUGAUGGAAGUUUAGAAGAAAAUCUUCUGCUCUCUAGACAUAAGCAGUUUAAAAGUAAAAAAGAAGUUGGAGUACAUGUUGUUGCCGACUCUGCUACUAUAAUAAAAAAAAUGCAUACAUCAUUACCAAAUUUACAAAAAGCAUGGUUAGCCAACCGCUGUGUAUCUAAAGAUGAUUGGCUAGAAUGGUUAAGACGACUUGGUAUUGAUUUUCUGAAAGAAUCACCAUCACCAGCUUUGCGAUCAUGCUGGGCACUUGCUCAAACAUAUUCUCAGUUGCCUAAAGAUCUAUUUAAUGCUGCAUUUGUAAGUUGUUGGACGGAAUUAACAGAACCACUGCGAAAAGAGCUUAUACAUACUUUAGAACAAGCAUUGAUGGUAUCUGAUCUUCCUGAAAUGACGCAAACUAUAUUAAACUUAGCUGAAUUCAUGGAUCAUUGUGAAAAGGGACCAUUGCCUAUUGACACUCAUAUACUUGGCGAAAGGGCAAUGGACUGUAGGGCAUAUGCUAAAGCAUUGCACUACAAAGAAGAUGAAUUUAUCAAAGAAAAAAAUAGUCAAAUAUGUCCAAAUAUUAUUGAGUCUUUAAUAUCUAUUAACAACAAACUACAACAAAAAGAAGCAGCAUCAGGACUUUUGGAAGUAGUUAUGAGUAAACGAGAAGAAGAUCAGGAACCUGGUGAGCAGUUAAAAGUACAAGCAAGGUGGUAUGAGAAAUUACAUAAUUGGGAACAAGCUUUAUCUUUUUAUGAGGGUUUUUUACAAAAAGAACCACAUGAUGUUGAAUGGUCAUUAGGGGAAAUGAGAUGCUUAGAAUCAUUGGGUCAAUGGGGAAAAUUAAAUAACGUGGCUGCUUCUCAUUGGUCACAUUUUCCUGAAAGUGGACGUGAAAAAAUGUCAAGAGUUGCUGCAGCUGCAGCCUGGGGACUAAAACAGUGGCAACAAAUGACAGUUUACGUGGAAUGCAUACCAAGAGAUACCAUGGAUGGAGCCUUUUAUAGGGCAGUUUUAUCUAUUCACGGUGAACAGUAUGAACAUGCUCAGAAGUUUAUUGAUUUGGCUCGAGAAAUUUUGGACACUGAACUUACAUCAGCUGCUGCAGAGAGUUAUCAAAGAGCUUAUGGAGCCAUGGUCUCUGUACAAAUGUUAGCUGAACUUGAAGAAGUCAUUCAAUAUAAAUUGAAACCAGAAAAACGGCCAAUAAUUUACAAAGUCUGGUGGGACAGACUUCAAGGAUGUCAAAGAGUUGUUGAAGACUGGCAGCGUAUAAUUCAAGUUCAUUCGUUAGUCUUGAGUCCUGAGGAAGAUAUGCAUACAUGGCUUAAAUAUGCUGCUUUAUGUCGUAAAUCAUCACGAUUGGUUUUGUCUCAUAAAACUCUUACAACAUUAUUGGGCACAGAUCCUUCAAAAAAUCCUACAGAACCUUUACCCAUGACUCAUCCUCAUGUUACAUUUGCCUAUACUAAACAUAUGUGGACUUCUGGAGCUAAAUCAGAAGCUUAUAAUCAUUUAAACAAUUUGAUUCAAAAUGUAUUACCACAGUUGAAACGGAAAGGAAAAGAUAAUGAAAAACUUAGAAAUGACUCUACUAAAAAAUUGUUAGCUAGAUGUUACUUAAAGCUGGGAUACUGGCAAGAAGAGCUUCAAGGGUUGACAGAAUUAUCGAUUCCUGAUGUUUUAGAAUAUUAUGCUGCAGCAACAUUUCAUGAUCCUAGUUGGUAUAAAGCAUGGCAUUCAUGGGCCUAUAUGAAUUUUGAAACUGUAUUAUUCUAUAAACAUCAACAAAAUAAAUCGCAAUCUAACGAACAAACCACUGAAAAAGGAAUAAUUGAUAAACCUAGUUCUGAGAUGGCUAAAUCCAACCAAUAUAUUCCACAUUAUACCGUACCUGCUGUUGAAGGAUUUUUUAGAUCAAUUUCACUAUCUCAUGGUAGUUCAUUACAAGAUACAUUGAGACUUUUAACACUUUGGUUUGAAUAUGGGCAAAAUCAUGAUGUGUAUGAUGCUCUUGUUGAUGGAUUAAGAUCUAGUCAAAUAAAUACAUGGCUUCAAGUGAUUCCACAACUGAUUGCUCGCAUUGAUACACCUCGUACACUAGUCAGUCGUUUAAUUCAUCAUUUGCUAAUUGAUAUUGGGAAACACCAUCCACAAGCUUUAGUCUAUCCAUUAACUGUGGCUAAUAAAUCUGCCAGUGUUGCACGUAGAAAUGCUGCAAACAAAAUAUUAAAAACUAUGUAUGAACAUAGUCCAAAUCUGGUGCAACAAGCGGUUAUGGUAAGCGAUGAACUACUGAGGGUUGCUAUACUUUGGCAUGAAUUGUGGCAUGAAGCAUUAGAGGAAGCUAGUAGAUUGUAUUUUGGUGAAAAUAAUGUAAAAGGAAUGUUUGAAGUCUUAGAACCAUUACAUGCCAUGUUGGAAAAAGGGCCUCAGACUCUGAAAGAAACUUCAUUUAAUCAAACAUAUGGCCGAGAUUUAGUGGAGGCUUUAGAUUGGUGUAACCGUUAUCUGACUUCUGGCAAUAAUCGUGACUUAAAUCAAGCUUGGGAUUUAUAUUAUCAUGUUUUCCGUCGAAUAUCAAGACAAUUACCUCAACUUACAACUUUAGAACUUCAAUAUGUCAGCCCAAAAUUACAACAGAGUCGAAAUAUGGAACUUGCAGUUCCUGGUUCAUAUAUACCUGGUCAACCUGUUGUUAGAAUUGCAUAUAUUACAAGUUCAUUACAAGUCAUUUCUUCUAAGCAACGGCCUCGCAAGUUAACUAUUAAGGGUAGCGAUGGAAAUGAUUAUGUGUUCCUAUUAAAAGGGCAUGAAGAUCUUAGACAAGAUGAACGAGUUAUGCAGCUUUUUGGUCUAGUUAACACACUGUUAUUAAAUGACCCUGAUACAUUUAGACGAAAUUUAACCAUUCAGCGUUAUGCUGUUAUACCUUUAUCUACAAAUUCCGGUCUUAUUGGUUGGGUACCUCAUUGUGACACAUUGCAUACUCUUAUUCGUGACUACAGAGACAAGAAGAAAAUAUUAUUGAAUAUAGAACACAGAAUCAUGUUGAGGAUGGCACCGAACUAUGAUCAUUUAACAUUAAUGCAAAAAGUUGAAGUAUUUGAACAUGCUUUGGCCAACACUCAAGGUGAUGAUUUAGCUAGAUUACUUUGGCUUAAGUCUCCAUCAUCUGAAGUUUGGUUUGAUCGUAGGACUAAUUAUACUAGAUCAUUAGCUGUUAUGUCCAUGGUUGGCUAUAUACUUGGUUUAGGAGACAGACAUCCUUCAAAUUUGAUGUUGGACCGUUUAAGUGGCAAAAUAUUACAUAUUGAUUUUGGUGAUUGUUUUGAAGUGGCCAUGACCCGUGAAAAGUUUCCAGAAAAAAUCCCAUUUAGACUUACUAGAAUGCUUAUUAAUGCUAUGGAAGUAACUGGUAUUGAAGGAACAUAUCGUAGUACCUGUGAAAGUGUUAUGACUGUUUUAAGAAAUAACAAAGAUAGCUUGAUGGCUGUAUUAGAAGCUUUUGUGUAUGACCCAUUACUAAAUUGGCGUUUAAUGGAAGCUGGUGUAGGUGCUCGAAGAACAGUUGCUGCAACUGCAGGCACUACAGUAGUUGGGACAAAUCCAAUAAGUGUUGCUUCUGUAGCUACUACAAUAUCUGAAGAAGCCAGUAUGCCAGCUAGUUUUGCUGCUUCUUUGAGUAAAAAGGCUGCACCUGUAAAUGUUGGUCCCGGAGGUGAUCCUGGUAACAGUGAAAGUGAGCCAACAGAAGCACUUAACAAAAAAGCAUUAGCUAUUGUCACUAGAGUUCGUGAAAAAUUGACUGGUAGAGACUUUAUACAUGAACAAGAACUGACUGUCCCUAGACAAGUGCAUUUACUCAUACAACAGGCCACUGCUAAUGAAAAUCUUUGUCAAUGUUACAUUGGGUGGUGUCCAUUUUGGUGAGUUUCAUUUACAUCUGCUGUUAGAUAUUAUACAUUAUUGUUAUUUUUUUUUAUAUACUGUUUUAACAUUAAAAAUGUUUUUAUGUUU